GAAGAAGAAGAAGAAGAAGAAGAAGAAAACGAGGGAAAAUAAGCAGGAAAAGGUAAACAAGGAGGAAAAGGAAGCUUGGAAAAAAACUUGACCAAGUUGAAAAUGAAUAACCUUGACCCCGAAGAUGCCAUAUUCCUGGUUGAUGCGUUCCUGGAUGAGUGCAAGGUGGAUCAGCAUGGACAAACUAAAGGAGGGUCAAAACAAUCCAAAAAUCUGUGUUUGGCCUGAUGAGGACAAAGAUGGUCAACCUCUGCCAAAAAGAUGUAGAGCUGGAGAGAAACGAAAGCGAGAUUCAGCUACUGUUUCUUCAGCAAGCGUUAAAAGCGUGUCCUGUGCUCCAUCUACCAGCACAACUGAAGACACUGUGAUCAUCGAAAAUUUUGACUCUCUCAUUCAAGAUGUCCGAGACCUCUUGGGAAGUGGUGUUGAACAACCUUUCCCCUCAGACUGGAGGAACAGGCAAACUACCUCUCUGGAGAAUUGGACAGUAAUGAGGCCCUUCAUGGUGAACAAUAUGUUGUCAUCUGAGAAGCCCAAGGAGGGGGUUUGCCAUCACUGUGGACACAAUGCUGCAGUAGUGAUGUGUAGGGACUGUUUACCGCGAUCACUCUACUGCUCAGCCUGUGACCUUUCCACACAUGAGGCCCUGGUGCUUCAUAACAGAGCAUCCAUGGUGGAGGGAUUCUUCAGACACCUGCCGCCAUCCACUUUUGUUCAGCAGCACGAGGAAGGGAAAUUCUCCUAUCAUGAAAAAGAUUGCAUGUUACCAAUCGUUCCUCCCUGCUGCGACUGCUCCACUGGGCAAACAAGCUUUUCCAAGGGAAAGCCAGUUAUUUUAAUUGGAAUGAAUGGAAGGUACAACCUCUUCCUUCCAUCAGUAAACUGCUCCUGUGGAAAAACCUUGCCAGUGACCAUAAGUGAUCUAGUUGAAAGUGGUUACUGGCCAGCAACUGUCAAUUUUGAGACCUUGUACUUGGUGGACUUGUUCACCACGUAUGAGGAUCUAAAAAUCACUGCCCCAGGGAUGUCGAGACAAGCUUUUGUCAGCAUGCUCGAGUGUCGUACCAAACUCUUCGGGCGAAGUGGUAAGAUUUGUGGGGACACAAUGCAGAGGGCCUUCCUCGAAUGGGCCUAUGCCAAAUUUGAGGUUGACGAGCUGUCUCAGGUCCAGCAUUUUCAGUGCCCUGCAUGCACACCCUCCAUAUUGGCAGUUGCAGUGGAUGGGAACCGCAAAUUAUAUCGUUUAAAAGCCAACCAGGGUACCUGAUGGGUUUUUUGAUGGAGUCUUUUUGGCCAAUGAUGCUGAGGUGUCCUCCUUUGUUGAUUACAUCCAUGGAACAACUGGACAUAAUCCAGGGAAAGGGAGAUGUGGUGCUGGUCAGUGGACCGCAGCACGAGAGUCUGCCAACAAGUCUGGAAGCAAACUAGACGAGGAAGGUGUUGAAGUUGCUGUCUGCCGUCAUGGGGUUUUGCUGAAGGGACUGAAUAUGUUCCGUGGAGAAAUAUUUGCAUACCCAUUAUAUCUCCAGAAACAGCUAGCUUCACAGACCGUCCAGUUUUUUUGCUCUGAUGUGGUCUGCAAAUAUUGGCCAUAUCUGCAGAAAGUUGUGGACCACUGUCCAGAGUUGGAGGACUUGCUGAACAUGCGCCCAUUUCUCUCCAUCAUGCAUGCAAAAGCGCAUUCAUGGAUGUGUGAAUUAAAAUGGGGGGGACGCAAUCAAGAAGGAGCUGGAACAACAAUCGGGGAGGAGGUUGAACAGGUUAACAGCUUCCUCUCUCGAGCAGCCAUAUGUUCCAAGUACAUGUCAAAAGCCGGUUUAUGUGACAAUAUUAGAGAAUGAUCAAUGUAGUAUCUGACCUGUGGUCCUCACUGUGAACCUAAAUUACUGCACAUACAUUGUGUGUCAAGUUCGCACAGACAUGCUAACAAUCCAGGCAAGUGGCUGGAACAAGCGAAAGGCAGAAAACCUUGACCGGACACUGGCCAAAAGAUACAUCAAGACUGUACAAAGGAUUGCAGAGGCAACAAAGGACCUGGAGAAACUCACAGCUGAGUUAUCUCUAUAGCAAGACACAGUCCAGCAGUGGGUGUCUGAUGUUCAGCAGUGGACCUCAGGAGCAACAAUCCAAAAUGACCUGCAGAGGACCAUCGAGGAGCUAUAUCUGGGCAUCAAACAGCGAAAAGUUCAGCUGUAUCGUCAGUCUGGUGGGAACAAGCGAAGGCAUCAACUGAGAAGAAAGAUUGCUGUUGAGAAGAAAGCCUUGGAAGUUGCCAUCAAUGACCACAAUGCUACUGUGGGGGAAGUUGAAAAACUGCCUCCUCCCAAUGAACUCCUGGCUGUGGAUAACUACUCCUGGCCAUGGGAAUGUCAUGGUGAUAUGGAGCGGAAAAAAAAUGUUUUUGACAAGGUAAUGCUGCUGGCUAGACUGAAAGAAGAAGAAUUUAUUGUGGUUCGCGAAGUCAAGCAGCUCAUGGAGUACAUGAGGAGUGUUGCUGGACUGAUUGAAGAGUUUACCU